UUUAAGAAGUGAAAUGGGUUUCCUCGAAGAGUUGGUGGUUGGAAGUGGCGAUACAGUUGAACUUCAGUGCAAUACUCCAGGCUCGUCUGCAUCUCUCCUCUGGUAUAAAGAUGGUGUUGGGAUUUCACCUACCAAUCAGACUCAUAUUGGUCAAAAACUGUUGAGGAUUAUAAAUGUGUCCUAUGAUGAUUCAGGCCUAUACAGCUGUAAAAUGAGGCACUCAGUGGAAAUGUUUAGGAACUUUACAGUCCGAGUGACAGAAUCCCCAUCAUCUGGUGAUGACGAAGAUGAUGACGACGAUGAUGAUGACUCUGAAGAUAGAGUUGCACCUUAUUGGACCCAUCGCGACAGAAUGGAAAAGAAGCUUUUGGCUGUGCCUGCUGCUAAUACCGUUCGUUUUCGGUGCCCAUCUGCUGGCAAGCCCCUUCCUUCCAUAUACUGGCUGAAGAAUGGCAGAGAGUUCAAAGGAGAGCACCGUAUUGGAGGCAUUAAACUGCGGCAUCAGCAGUGGAGUCUUGUCAUGGAGAGUGUUGUUCCAUCAGACCGAGGAAACUACACCUGUGUGGUCCAGAACAAAUAUGGUGUAAUUUGGCAUACUUACCAACUUGAUGUUCUUGAAAGAUCACCCCACCGUCCUAUUCUCCAGGCAGGAUUGCCUGCUAAUCAGACCGUGGUGGUUGGGAGCAACGUCGAAUUCCACUGCAAAGUAUACAGUGAUGCUCAACCUCACAUCCAGUGGUUGAAACAUGUGGAAGUCAACGGAAGCAAAUACGGGCCAGAUGGGACUCCUUAUGUUUCCGUCCUAAAGUCUUGGAUCAGUAAAGAUCCUGAAGCUGAUGUUUACCUAAAUCUAUUCAAUGUGACAAAACAAGAUGAAGGCGAAUAUCUUUGUAGAGCCAACAAUUUCGUAGGCAGAGCCGAAAAAUCAUUUUGGCUCCACAUUCACAAACCAGAACCAGCAGAAAAACGAGUUGCGAGAGAUGAUUCCAGCUCAUUUUAUGCAGGCAUCCUCAGCUAUGGGAUCGCCUUCGUGCUUUCCAUCCUGGUGGCAGUGAUAGUGGUGAUUUAUAGAAUUAAAAGGCCAGCCAAAAAAGCUAUGAACACCACCACAGUUCAGAAGGUCUCCAAGUUCCCUCUCAAGAGACAGGUAACAGUGUCUUUGGAGUCCAACUCUUCCAUGAAUUCCAAUACUCCUCUGGUCAGGAUCACCCGCCUUUCCUCCAGUGAGGGAGCCAUGCUGGCAAAUGUCUCUGAGCUUGAGUUGCCAGCUGACCCGAAGUGGGAAUUGGCAAGAUCUCGCCUGACUCUAGGGAAGCCACUGGGUGAAGGCUGCUUUGGUCAAGUAGUGAUGGCAGAAGCAAUGGGGAUUGACAAGGAAAAACCAAACAAGCCUAUUACUGUAGCUGUCAAGAUGCUGAAAGAUGAUGCCACAGACAAAGAUCUGUCUGACUUAGUCUCAGAAAUGGAAAUGAUGAAAAUGAUUGGGAAGCACAAAAAUAUUAUUAAUCUCUUGGGUGCCUGCACACAGGAUGGACCUCUCUAUGUUCUUGUGGAAUAUGCAUCAAAGGGGAAUUUAAGGGAAUACCUUAGAGCUUGUCGGCUACCUGGCAUGGAUUAUUCCUUUGAUACCUGCAAGCUACCUGAAGAACAGCUAACAUUUAAAGACUUAGUCUCGUGUGCCUACCAGGUAGCGCGUGGAAUGGAGUAUCUGGCAUCUCAAAAAUGUAUUCACCGGGACCUGGCAGCUAGAAAUGUUCUGGUCACAGAAGACAAUGUGAUGAAGAUAGCUGAUUUUGGCCUAGCCAGAGAUGUUCACAACAUUGAUUAUUACAAAAAAACAACUAAUGGCCGGCUGCCUGUGAAAUGGAUGGCUCCAGAAGCAUUGUUUGACCGUGUCUACACUCAUCAGAGUGAUGUAUGGUCGUUUGGAGUGCUGCUAUGGGAGAUCUUCACUUUGGGGGGGUCUCCAUAUCCAGGAAUUCCAGUUGAGGAACUCUUCAAACUGCUAAAGGAGGGCCAUCGUAUGGACAAGCCAGCAAAUUGUACCCCAGAUUUGUACAUGAUUAUGAGGGAAUGCUGGCACGCAGUGCCUUCACAGCGGCCAACUUUUAAGCAGCUGGUAGAAGACCUGGAUCGAGUGCUGACAGUGACCUCAACAGAUGAAUAUCUUGACCUGUCAGUGGCCUUUGAGCAGUACUCCCCUGCAGGCCACGAUACCCACAGUGCCUGCUCUUCAGGAGAUGACUCUGUAUUUGCACAUGACCUUCUCUCAGAUGAGCCCUGUCUUCCAAAACAGCAAGCAAAUGGCAUCAUCAGGACAUGAUGACAGAUAGAGCUGCAAGAAAUAGAUUCAUGAAUGUAUGUCUAAGGGAACUCAAGAACAAAAUGCCCAGGAAGAUGUUAUUCUGCUCCAUGGCACAGAAGAGUGUAUUGCUGUGAAGCCGUGGCACUGAACAUACUUUCUUCCUACUUUCUUGUAAAACACAUGAAAACCUUGAAAGGCAGGUAGAGGAUCGUGAACCUCCAGCCUUCAAGUCAGUUUUCUGUGCCUGCAAUCCUGGUGGUGGGUGGGAAGAUGAAAAGUGUGCAAAGAAUGUAGGAGGCUUUGGCAUAAUGCAAUCCGCGCAUGAAUCUUCUUUGGUGGGGCUCAAUAGCCACAUUGCCUGCAGGGAAUCUUAAGUAAGUACUAAUUUUAUAUUUAAUAAAUAUAAAAUUUGCCAUCUACUUAAGAACAUAUUCAAAGCCAUUCUGAGGAGUUAAUCACUCUUGAAAGCAUUAAACCUCUUUUAAAGUUGCCUUUACUUUCUCACGGUGGGGAACAGUCACCCCUUGCACUAACAGUUGGAUAGAUGAAUGUAUGCAGGCAGAAGGAACGUGAAGGACUGGGGGUGUUGCACGCUCUAGGAAAUGGAGUGUGCGUGUGUUGGGGUGUGUGUGUGUCAUUUGUUUAUGAGCAUGUAGCAAUUACUUUUGCUAACUAUUUCCAGGGGAUUUCUAUAAAUUGUAAACUGCGUCAGACCCAAAUUUUGCUAUUUGUUACAUUUAUUCAGCUAUUUUCUGGGUGAGUUUUCUGUAGAUAAGGUUUAAAUAUAUUUGUAACUGAGGUCUAUAAAUUUUUCCCAGAAAUCUAUCAUCAGACACUUGGAGAAAAAAAUAUUACGGGUACCCAUGGUCAAGCGCCUUUCAGUGAAUCAAAAAGUUUUAUUUCCUACAAUUGUGCAUAUAUCUAUAAAUAGCUCUUGUGUGUAUAUAAUAUCUCUGAUAUUAACAUGGCUGACAAGUCUGAAAGAGAAUUUCUCCAAGUAAGAAUUCUUCUAAAGUAGGACAUACUGAUUUAGGCAAAGAAUUUUUUUUUUAUCUUGUCAGCUUGUUUUGUUUUAAAAGUUAUAUUUUAACAUGUAUAUUUGUAAAAUUAUUUAUAGAUAUUAACAUAUGUUCAUUAAUGUAUACACUUAAAUUUUCAUCAGAUUUAAGGAUUUAACUUAUUGAAAAUAGAGGAAGAUAAUUCAAGAUUGUUUUUCUGAAUUCCUGAGAAAUCUUAGAAAAAUGUAUAGCUGUAUAGUCAUUUAACACAUUACUUUUAAUACUAAUUUUUCUUUUUUAAAAACAAAAAAAUGCCUUUCCUGGGUUGCAACAAUUAUCAGGACAUGCAUUCUGUAAUAUAUUAAUGUUAAAUCCAAACCUAUGGCAGCAGAAAUAAUCCUUUUUCCAUCUCUGUAAGAGCUAAGGAAUCUUUCAUCACUUUUGCCACUGUGCAUUAAGUCAGAGGGGUUUUUUUUCCAGUUUUUUCCUUUGAAUGAAGGUGUUCUUCAUGGUUGACUAAAUAACAGAUAUGUGGCAGAGCUGAAUGUUGACUGCCAAUGAUUAAUCCUCUACGUGUGUGUGUUCCCAUUUGCAUUUUUAUGGUAGAGACAUGGAUCCAAACAAAAUAAUACUUUAAAAUAUAUGUAGAGAAAGUUUUGAUGAUUGUAGGUAGACUUUGAACCUAACAUUUAGCUUGGGAAAAUACUAGGUUUUGUAGAUAACUCAGUCAAAACACACUAAAGAGUUUUUAAAGAUUUUUUUUUUAGAGUCUCUGAGAGCAGUUCCACACCAUCACUGGUUUUUCCACCUUCCAGUUUCUCACAUAACAAUUUGAAACUGAAGGCUGAUUUUCAUUCCUGCUGGCCCUGAAACAUGAAUAUGCAGAAAAUGCUGCGGACACUCUCCAGUUGCAUUCUUCCAGUAGGAGAAUGCAGAGGACAUCAUUCAGUCAGUUCCCAAGUUUCUGAUCUAUCACUAGUCAAAAACUCCUUUCAGCCCAUUUCACACGAAGAGGAAAGCGCCUAAAUUGCUAUUGCUCUCCUCCAUGUUUGCCACAUCUGUUGGUGUACAUUGGGUAGCGUGUCAAAUCACAACUCCAGUCUGAGAGGCUUCUGUGAUGGGAAGCUAUGCAGGGGAAGGUUAAUUGUUAAACUCUGAAAAUCAACAAAAGCAUGGAAAUUCCCCAUAAGCUUCCCAGCCAUCUUUCCGUCAUUCCUUUAUUGCAUUGAAAAGCCCUGUGAGUUGUGAAAAUGAAAGGGUAGCAAGUCAGCAGCUUUGCAAAGAGUUGUUUUCCCCAGUAGCUCUAACUACAGCUGCAGGGGUUGCUAUAGUGUGGCUAGGUUGGGAGAGGGGAGGAAACAAUAGAUAGCUAAUGCAUACAAGAAGACACAGAUUCCAGGAACAAGAUGAUGAGCCUUUAGUUGGGGGCAGGGGGCGGGGGGAGGGCAGAUCGUGGCCCAUUUAGCUCUCAGAGCAAGGAAGCAAAAGUUCCCCUACGCAGGAAAAUGGAUGUCCUCCCAGGUCUGCAGAACCACAGCAACUGAUGGCAGCUCUGCCAUGAAUCAGCUUCAACGACAGCAUCAUGAAAGCUGUCAGGUCCAAAGGUGAUCCCAAAGUGAUGCAACAAUUGGAGCAAGGGACAUAUCUUUUGAAUAAGGAAGUAAAAAGUAGGGCUAUAUAAAAAGAAGUAAGAACUAGGAAAUUGAAUGCAAGAACCUAUAGUAUAGCAAUUGUAUUCUCUCUACAGAUCAGCAAUUUCACUAAAGAAAAUGAGCACCAUUCCAGAUCAGUAGUCAGUAUAUUCUUGCAAUACCACAAGAUUGUUUCAAAAUAGUUAAUUUAUAGAUCUGAAGCUUCAAAGAGUUUUAAAAAAUAGAUUUCUGUAUACAAGUACUUUUUUGGAAAUAAAGAAUUGUGCUAUUUUCUUACCACAUAUGGUAGUUUUGUACAUUCCAAGGAUCUGAAAAUUGCUAUUCCAGUCUGAGUUCAUUAAUUACCUUAAAUAUAUUAUAUUCAUAUAUAAUAUAUUUAUGAAAGAUUUACAAAGAUAUAUUUCUUAUAUAACUUUAAAGCCAGGAUUUGAAAACUUGAAUAUUUCUUUAAAUCUUUAUUCCUGUCCAUGUUGCGAUCAAUACGUUUGCAUAUUGUGACAUUUUGAUGAACAUUUUCCUGGUUCAGCAUCUUCUAGUUUCUGUAUUGCUUUGAACAUUUUAGAAAAUGUGAAACAAAAAGCAAAAGAAAUCUUAUUCUGUUUUUGCUUACCUGGCCCAA